AUGUCUCACUCGUGGGUUCGAGCUCUUUCAGCCAGAAAGAGCCGUCAUGGCUUUGCUCUCCUCUGUAGAACUACCAGUCUACCGAACCGUGUCGACAACUCAAUCUCAAAAUCACAUGAAGACUCAGAAAACCUCCUCUUAAAUGCUAGUCAAAGUACCAGGAAUGUUAGAACGAAACAUGGAUCAGUUUUUGACAGUCUAGCUAUAAAUGGCAUUGGGAAAAGACAUUUGAAUUCGAACUGUUUCAAAUUAGUUUUACCCUCGCACACCUUUAUACUUCAAAACAUAGAUGGAUUUUGUACAUUGUCGCCCACCCAAGAAACUGAAGACGAAUUGGUGAAUGUUUCUGGUCCGUGUGUUGAUGAAAGCGAUCAGAUGGAAGAAAUUGAUGUUGGUUUUGGUGAUAUAAUUGGUACCGAGGUACCAAAAGUCAAGAAUGUGACUGAAAAAUUGGUUGAGUUUAGCAAAGUUGAUGUAAACAAGCUUCCAACUGUAGUUCUUAUAGGGCGCCCAAAUGUUGGCAAGUCAGCAUUGUUUAAUCGUUUGAUCCGAAGGAGGGAAGCACUUGUAUAUAACACUCCUAAUGACCAUGUUACGCGGGACAUACGUGAAGGGAUCGCCAAAUUGAGUGAAUUGCGGUUCAGGGUGUUAGAUUCUGCUGGUUUAGAGGCAGAGGCUUCUUCUGGUUCUGUUCUUGGCAGAACUGCAGAAAUGACUGGAAAUGUGCUGGCAAGGUGUCAGGUUGCGCUUUUCCUUAUAGAUGCGAGAGAUGGACUGCAGCCCAUGGAUUUGGAUGUUGGAAAGUGGUUGCGCAAACGUGCACCUGGAAUGAAGAUUAUUCUGGUGAUGAAUAAAGCUGAAUCUCUUGUUGAUGGUGCUGGUUCUCUUGAUGCUGCUGCUGGUGAAGCUUAUAUGUUAGGAUUUGGGGAUCCUAUUGCUCUGUCUGCUGAGACUGGGCUCGGUAUGACAGAACUUUAUGAAGCUCUUCGGCCAUUGCUUGAGGAUUACAUGCUUCACAUUGGAACUGGUAAGAAAGCCUAUUCCCCGAAGAUUUUUCCCAAUCAUAGUGAGAAAUUGAUUCUCUUCCUGUCUUUACGAAUUCUGUGGAUUCUAUUUAUUGCAAUUGCGUAA